AUGCGUCUCCUUCGCACGGCUGAUCUGACAUUCCAUGAGUACGAAGGCUCCUCCAUACCACCAUAUGCCAUCCUUUCGCAUCGAUGGGAAGGCGAAGAAGUCACGUAUCAAGAGUUCAAGCAUCGAACUGCCGCUAUAGAGAGCAAGUCUGGAUUCGGAAAGAUCCAGCAAUGCUGUCAACAAGCACAGGAAGACAAGAUAAAAUUUGUAUGGGUCGAUACAUGCUGUAUCGAUAAAUCCUCGAGUGCAGAACUGUUGGAAGCCAUCAAUUCGAUGUACCAAUGGUAUCAACGAUCACAAGUCUGUUAUGUCUACCUAUCAGAUGUGGGGACUUCGUCCAGCUUCCGAAAGUCUGUCGACGAUGGACUCCCGGUCACACUUUCGCGAAGGUUCAUCUCAAGGAUCAUGAGAAGCAAAUGGUGGACACGAGGCUGGACUUUACAAGAACUGAUAGCCCCAGUCUCUGUUGUGUCCUACGUGAAUGGUCAAGGUAGUUGGGUAAAGGUCGGCUCAAAGAGCACAUUACUUGACUUGAUUGUCGCCAGGACAAGCAUUGAAGGAGAUAUAUUGCGUGGUCAAGAAGUCAGCAGCUGUAGUGUUGCGCAGCGCAUGUCCUGGGCUUCUGAACGAGAAACAUCUCGGAGCGAGGACCUGGCAUACUGUCUCCUCGGAUUGUUCGGUGUCAAUAUGCCUCUACUCUAUGGAGAGGGAACAAAAGCAUUUCUGCGCCUCCAGGAAGAAAUUAUGAAACAGUCGGAUGACCAGACUCUCUUCGCAUGGCAACUUGGCUUUGAGAAUAUGAAGAAUGAUAUAUGCGGACCUUUGGCUCCACAUCCAUCGAAAUUUCGGGAAGCCGGCAAUUUGCAACCAGACCUUGAUACUGAUGCCCAAAGUCCAUAUUCAAUGACCAACAAGGGCCUAAGGAUUGAACUCUCCAUUGAACACAAAGGCAAUGAUGCAUACGGGAUGGCGAUCUUACAUUGUGGAACCUACAGUACGUCGUCCAGGCAGUUGGGAUUGCCUGUCAUACGCCUUGGACCACCGGGGGCAAAUACCUAUGCUCGCGAUGCUCGCUACAUUGGACCCCUGGUGUCCGUCACGGCCAAGAAGGGUACUUCCAAAGUGGUUUUCAUGAAGCAAGAGCCCGGGCAGAGAGUUGAGGAGCGCCUGGGGCUUUUGGCAAAUAUCAGUCACAAUACCCUGAUGUCAUUCCCCAUGGUCUGCUGUAGCGCCGAAGUUACUCGGGCAAUUCCACCAGGCUACACCAGCUAUAGAUUCCCUCCUAGUUGUCGACGUGGGGCGAUACUCAUGACUGGACACGAUCAGUCUCAUCUCCUUAUCUUAUUCAACAUCGAGAUGCAGUAUGUCGGGCGAUAUACAUGCAAAGUUAUCUAUGCAGAUGCCAAACAUAAAAGUGCUCCGUGGGAGAAGCAGUUAUACCGACUAGCACGCAAAAUACAUGAAAGUGUUUUUCAUAAGAAAGCAAUCUUGGCUCAAGAAAUCAGCCGGGAACCCAGCUGGAGUUUGACCCAUGGUGACUACGGCCCAUCGAAUUCUCGGAGCAGCUUCGCCUACCUGCCAAACGACCGCGUAGUCUUCGCUAGCAUUGUGCUGCAGAGUGGACUUGAUAGCAAGGAUUUCAGCAAUCUAGUGCUUGAGGUCAACAUUCUGGAUCACUCAGAGAGACCACAGGAACCAUAUGAAUUACGUGUGCCUGAUAGGUCUCACAUCGAAGCAGUUGAGGUUUUUUCCCCCAACUCGGAAUGGAUGUCUCCUAUGUGGAUUGGUGAAUCAGAUGAGCAUAGACUGGCUCCACUCCCACAGAGUUCAUGGACGCAAAAAACGAGCAGUUGCUUUGGUGAGAGAACUGGGACAGAAAUUUGA